UAUGCAAACUCUCGCAUUUGAUACGAACUUAACCUAAGGUUAGCUUUGGGCUAGCCAGCUACGCCUUAGCUUUCCUUAGCAAGCUAGUCAGACCUUAUAAAAUGAGGACAGUCGUUUGCUUCUGGUUUCAUUUGCUGCUAUUGCCGUAGGCUUGCAGCCUGAAACUAUAGCAUGCCCGCUACCAACCUCAUGGUGAUAAGAGGUCAUCGAGAUAAGACCCGGACAUCCGGUCCGCGACUCCGUAACCUCCUCGUUGAUCAGUUGACCCCAUUCGAUUUCGUUAUGAUGUUAAAGUUCGAGUCUAUCCUCAAACAAGUGCCCAUCAUUCCCUGAUCCUGUUCGCCUCCCCCACUUCCGCUAGGCUCGCACAAUGUCGUCUCGCCAACCUCGUAUAUUGAUUUGUGGAAACCUUGUUUGGGCUCAUGAAGAGGCCAGACAGUGUUUUGAUGGGCUCGCCGAUCUUGUUGUCAUGGAUUCUCCAAAUCGCGCAGAUUUCCUUGUGGGGCUAAAAUCAGGAGGAAAGUACGAUCAAAUCGUGGGCAUCUACCGGCACAACACCUCCGCAGACCGCAUCGGUGUCUUUGAUGAAGAGAUUAUCGAUGCCCUGGCUGAGACGGGCACUGUUAAGUGGAUCGCGCAUAAUGGUGCGGGUUACGAUCAGAUCGAUGUCUCACGAUGCGCAAACAAAGGUGAUUUCCAUAUCCUGCAUCCGUUGGGUCCUCCAUCAACGACGUUUCACGGGUUCACAUCCAAUUUAGGUAUCAGCGUGUCUAACACCCCUGGCGCUGUUGAUGAUGCGACUGCCACUACGGCGUUGUACCUUGUCAUCUCUUGUCUCAGAAAUUACGCUUGGGCCGAACAAUCCCUUCGCCAAGGGACGUUCAAAUCGGGCCUCGAUCCUGGGCGGGCUCAUGAUGUUACGGGACGCACGCUGGGUAUCUUAGGUCUCGGUGGUAUCGGUCUUAGACUUGCUCAUCUAGUGCACGCAUUCCCUAUGCGCGUUGUCUAUUACUCGAGGAAUAAGUCUGCCAGUGCACCAGAGUGGUGCGAGUACAUCGACAGCUUGGAAGGGCUCUGUCGAGAAAGUGAUGUUCUGAGCUUGCAUGUCCCUCUACGUAACGAGACAGUUCAUCUGGUGGGUGAGAAGGAGAUUCGGACGAUGAAGAAAGGCAGCAUUAUCGUGAAUACCGCGCGUGGAAAGGUCAUUGACGAGGAGGCGAUGAUUCGCGCUCUUGAAGAUGGUCAUUUGUCGUCUGUUGGCCUAGACGUAUACCCAAAUGAACCUCUCGUCAAUCCGCGUUUACUUGAAUUCCCACAAAACGUGCUCCUUCCCCACAUGGGGACAGAGAACCAAGAUUCUCAGCGCCACAUGGAGGUUCGUGCGCUCACUAACUUGAGAGAUUUCCUUCGUGAUGGCCAAGGGAACGAUCUGAUCCCCGAGUUGCGGAGUAAACUGUGAUGGUCAAUUCUGAAAUAUUGCAAUAAGAUGGCAUACAUGUAUAUUCAAGCUCCAUGCGCACAUAUGGGCGGUAUUGGAACAGUUCCAUCAGAUAUGCCACU